CGAACCUCAGCCAACAUCAUGACGUUGCAAAGCCAGCUUCUUCAGACAGUUUCGCCAUUGAAGAAACAAGAUAGCAGCCUUCUGUGGUCAAUGCUUCUGGCCAUGGUUGCAGGAUUUGCGUGCACGCUGGUCUUCGUGAAAUUGCCAAUUUCUGAUAAUGUCACAGCCAUUCAGCAGCCUGAGACUCUUCCCGCUCCAACGAAAAAUGUCACAUUCAGAAGAGCUAAGGCCAUAUACCUCAAUGUCAAGUACGCGGAUUUGAACUGGAUUCAAAAGCACACCCUGAAGUACCAGACAGACGCUGCAACCAAGAAUCUUGUGCACGACCUUGGAAGCCAGAAUGAUCAUGUGAUGCUUCACUUGGCUCAUCACAAAACAGGUAAGAGACGCUUGACAGCUAUCUGAUCCGGCUCUUCAACUAAGUUCGUUCUUGUACAGGCACUGCUUGGUUUUCUCGGAUCUUCAGCCUUUUCGGAAUGCGGACUAACAUGAAGUUUGUCAAAGGCGACAUUCAAGGCUGCCUCGAUUCAGAAUCUAAGAUCUGUCAGGUCAGAUGAGACAUGCCCUUUUUUCGCUUGGACAAGGGACAUCACAGAGUCAUAACGUUUUACAAAUCCUUCCAGAUAAAUAAUGCGGCUCUAGGCUCUCUUAAACUACUGGGCGACAAAAUGUACAAGGCUAUUAUGACUGUCCGAGAUCCAAGAGAUGUUGUGGUCAGUGGAUAUUUCUAUCACAAAACAACACAAGAACCAUGGGUACAUGAACCACGCAGCGAGUAUGGAGGAAAAUCUUAUCAGGAGGUGAGCACCUGACAACCCAAUGGCUUAAAGACCAUUUCUGUCCUCAAAGUCGUCUGAGCAUGACUCUGGUCAGAUGCUGAAUAGCGUGAGCAAGUCCGCUGGAAUCAAUAUGGAAGUCGACAUGAUUACUGGAAGCACUUGGAAGAACGACACUCAAGGUGAGUCCGGAUACUUGCGCGGAGAGGAUAUAUACAAAGACUAACAACCUUUUUUUGGCUACAGGUGCAUAUGCAACCGUUUUGAAAGACUUCCUGAAAGUCAGAGAUUCCCGGUUCACCUUGGUACGCUAUGAAGACAUUUGGUACCAAGAGCAACGACGGAUAGGCUCAGCUUUUGCAUCGAUUGGAGCUUGGUAAGGGUUCCCUUCUGCAUUGCUUUGGCGUAUUAUGCAACCUUUUUCUCAUCCUGUCAUUGUUAUCAGGUAUGGAUUGAGUAACAGCCUGCUUCUGAAAGUCUUCGUCCAAAGCGCGGUGAAGGUUGGCCAGGAAAGCGCUGCCUACCGUUCUGUUUCGAAAGGGGUGCUUUCUGCUGACGACAGAGGGAAGGACCACUUCAGGAAAGGAGUACCUGGAGACUGGAAAAAUCAUUUGACUAAGCAGAACAAGGGCUACAUCCGUGAAAAGCUGGGAUCUCUAUUGGUGGACCUGGGCUAUGAGAAGACCAUGAAUUGGUAGUCUGAUCUGGUUAUGUCUAUAUGGUAGUGGCUGACGAUGAGAUAUGUUGGAAUUUGACAGUUUUAUGAUCAUGACGACUUC